CCCUUUCCUGUCCUGAGCCCGGAAGCGUCUUUGAACCUCGCCUUUCAACCUUCCGGCCUCGUAACUGGCUUAAACCCGUUUUGCACCGGAGUCUUUUCGAAAGGGGAGACUACGUCAGCACGUCUCGGCAUGGGACGGUGAUUUUCCGGCGUGUUAGAAGAGCUUCCGGCGGGGUCUGGAUUUCGCUGUCCUGCAUCUGACGUGGUGUUGCCCUCGUAGCUGAGCGAGCUCCGGAGGGGUGCGGAAGAAUUCCAGUGUUUGCUGCGAUAACCUCAUAAGCCCGCCAAGAUGGCGAUGCAAGCGGCCAAGAGGGCUAACAUUCGACUUCCACCCGAAGUAAAUCGGAUUUUAUAUAUAAGAAAUUUGCCCUACAAAAUCACAGCUGAAGAAAUGUAUGAUAUAUUUGGGAAAUACGGACCUAUUCGUCAAAUCAGAGUGGGGAACACACCGGAAACUAGAGGAACAGCUUACGUAGUCUAUGAAGACAUCUUCGAUGCCAAGAAUGCGUGUGAUCACCUGUCAGGAUUCAAUGUUUGUAACAGAUACCUCGUGGUUUUGUACUAUAAUGCCAACAGGGCAUUUCAGAAAAUGGACACAAAGAAGAAGGAAGAACAGUUGAAGCUUCUCAAGGAGAAAUAUGGCAUCAACACAGAUCCACCAAAGUAAACGUUUUCUUUCUACAUUUUCAUUUUGGACUAAAAUCCACAAAUGACCACUAACACCCUUUUUUUGUUUUUAAUUAAUACUGAAUAUUGUGAUUUCUUACUUCAGAUUCAAAAUGACUUGCUUGAAACUUUGAUAUAUGUUAGGAUAUAUUAUGUUAAUAAACUUGUAACUUUUUGUAAAA